GUAAGUUGUGUUCCGGUGGUCAGUUGAUCGGGAAACGCGAUACCGGGACCAAGCCAUAAUAUCCUUUCACCUUUCGGCUAUAGUGUCUCUGCAAGUAUGAAUCUUUCCGAAUUUAUUACUGUCGAUUUUCCUCAGGGGUUGAUAUUUUCUUUCGUUUGGAAUUUCUUUUUUAUUGAUAUGUUCAUUACGGAGUAUCUCUAUACCUGGGAUCAAUUGUUGUUCAUAUUUAUCGGAUCUGAUCUCACAUAUGUUUGGAUUGUUAAAAUAUUACUCGCUUACAUCAUCAGAAUUUUCUGCAGACAGCACCUGCAGUUUGAAUUCUAGAAGCGAUGGGGUUUUUGGUGACGACUCUUGUGUUUAUUGUGAUCGGAGUUAUUGCGUCUUUGUGCUCCAGAAUUUGUUGCAAUAGAGGGCCUUCCACUAAUCUGUUUCACCUGACGUUGAUUAUCACCGCAACGGUUUGCUGCUGGAUGAUGUGGGCAAUUGUGUAUCUUGCUCAGAUGAAUCCACUCAUUGUUCCCAUUUUAAGUGAAGGAGAGUGAACAUCAGCAUGUCAUGACUGCACAUUACGGAUGGUGAGCUUGAAGGGUGAAGAAAUGAAGUGAGGGCUUCUUUGUUUUUAUUGUUAGUUGUUGUGUACUUAUGUUAUGUCAUUGUGUUUGAGAUGAAGGAAAGGAAGGGUUAUUAUUCUUUUGAGAAAUUUUUGUUGUAACUUGAUUGCUUCAUAUCACAAUAAAAGUAUAUAUAAAUGAUAAAUUAGUGUAUUUGGUUACUUAAAAACUUUUACGGCUCGUUUAGUGAAUGAAAGAGGUGUUUUUUUUAGUGUUAUUGACUCUAUUCAAUAAUGGCACUCUGUAUUG